GGCCGCCUUUCGGAGUCCUUUUUCCUCCCUUCUUUUCUUCUCUAGAGCUCUCUAUAGUGCACUGUCCCCCAAUUGCCACAGUUACUAGCAACUCUCGGUGUUCCGUCUUUAUAUACCCUUCGGCAUCUACAUUAAUCUUUCGCCAUGGCUUCCAGAACCGCGGUGCGCUCGAUGAGCUCUUUGACACAUGCUACUGCCAAAGCCUCCAACACCUCCGCAUUGGCCCGGGCCGCGACGUUGGCUGCUCGCUCCCCCGCCUCGUUCACUAGCCGACGCGCGUUGAGCUCCAAUAGCCGACCAGUUACACAGUUCCCCCGCCUUCAGUCCUUCCAGUCUUUCUCCAGCAAAAGAUCCUUCAGCUCAACCGUCGCAAUGGCUUCCGAGACUCGCACUGAAAGUGAUGCUUUUGGCGAGAUCCAGGUCCCCGCCGACAAGUACUGGGGCGCGCAGACUCAGCGUUCACUGGGCAAUUUCGACAUCAACCAGCCCCAGGACCGCAUGCCCGAUGCUGUUGUCAAGGCUUUUGGUAUUCUCAAGGGUGCUGCUGCUACCGUCAACAUGAAGUUUGGCCUUGAUCCCAAGAUUGGUGAGGCUAUCAAGCAGGCUGCCGCUGAGGUCGCCGAGGGCAAGCUCCUUGACCACUUCCCUCUCGUCGUCUGGCAGACCGGUUCCGGCACUCAGUCCAACAUGAACUCCAACGAGGUUAUCUCCAACCGUGCCAUUGAGAUUCUCGGAGGCAAGAUGGGCUCCAAGAAGCCCGUCCACCCCAACGACCACGUUAACAUGUCCGCUUCCUCCAAUGACUCUUUCCCAACCGCCAUGCACAUUGCCGCCGUUCUAGAGCUGGAGAACACUCUGCUUCCUGCUCUUACGAGCCUUCGUAAUGCCCUUCAGAAGAAGGUGGACAGCUUCCAGAACAUCAUUAAGAUCGGCCGUACCCAUUUGCAGGAUGCCACUCCUCUUACCCUUGGCCAGGAGUUCUCCGGAUACGUUGCCCAGCUCGACCGCAACAUCGAGCGCGUCCAAGCCUCUCUGCCCCACCUGCGCUACCUUGCUCAGGGUGGUACUGCCGUUGGUACUGGUCUUAACACCUUCAAGGGUUUCGACGAGGCGAUUGCCGCUGAGGUGUCCAAGAUGACUGGCACCGAGUUCAAGACCGCUCCCAACAAGUUCGAGGUUCUUGCUGCUCAUGAUGCAAUCGUCGAGGCCUCCGGCUCGCUUAACACCCUUGCCGGCUCCCUGUUUAAGAUCGCCCAGGACAUCCGUUACCUCGGAUCCGGCCCCCGCUGCGGUCUUGGUGAGCUCAUCCUUCCUGAGAACGAACCUGGUUCUUCCAUCAUGCCUGGCAAGGUCAACCCUACCCAGUGCGAGUCCUUGACCAUGGUCUGCUCUCAAGUCAUGGGUAACCACGUCGCUGCUACCAUUGGUGGCAUGAACGGUCAGUUCGAGCUCAAUGUAUUCAAGCCACUCAUGAUCCGCAACCUUCUUCACAGUGUGCGCAUUCUCGCCGAUGGCAUGAAGAGCUUUGAGAAGAACCUCGUUGUUGGUCUUGAGGCCAACGAGUCCAGAAUCAGCACUCUCCUCCACGAGAGUCUGAUGCUCGUUACCUGCCUCAACCCCGUCAUCGGUUACGACAUGGCUUCCAAGGUCGCCAAGAACGCCCACAAGAAGGGUAUCACCCUCAAAGAGAGUGCCAUGGAGCUCAAGGCUCUUAGCGAGGAGGACUUUGACAAGUAUGUCCGACCAGAGCUGAUGCUGAGCCCUAAGGAGAAGAAAUAGACAAGCAUGACGAGCAUGACGAGAUUUGGGAGGUGUCGUACUAAAGUGGUAUAAAACAUUGUAGCGAGUUUAGCUAUUUCACACUUGUAUAAUGAAUGUACUUUUUCUUUGGUUUCU